AGCGGAGGGGCCGCCGCUAGUGCUCUGCCGUCCUCGCCGCCGCCCUCACGCCCGGAGAAGUUUGACUCGGGAGCAGCGCAGCCGCCCGGGCCGGCGCGGCGGGGCAGGGAGCCGCGGCGGGAGUCGCCGCACCCGGGGCCGCAGCGGGACGGGGGUCGCCUCCAGCGGGAGGCGGCGGGGGGAAGCCGGCGGCGGCAGCGGCGCUCCGGGAGCCGCCCCGCCCGCGCCAUGGCAGCCCGGUCCCGGAGACCCUGGCUGAGCGUGGGGCUGGGGCUGGGGCUGGGGCUGGUGCUGGGUUUCACCGCCGCCUCCUGGCUCAUCGCCCCGAAAGUGGCCGAGCUGAGCGAAAAGAAGAGGCGCGGCUCCAGCCUCUGCUCCUACUACGGCCGCUCGGCGGGGCCGGGGGCGGCCGGGGGCGCGGCGGUGCCGGGCGGGCAGCAGGCGCCGCCGGAGGCAGCGGCGGUGCUGGGCGGCACGAGUUUCAGGAGCAGCCCCUGGGAGCUGCCGCCGCCGCCGGCGGAGGGCAUGGUGUCCAGCCCCGCCGCCGGCGGGGAAGGGGAGCCGGAGGAGGAGGAGGAGGAAGGCGGCGAGAAGCGGAGCGGCCGGCCCGGCGGCAGCCACAACGGGAGCGGGGACUGGGGGGGCGCCCCGGGCUACGCCAAGCCCCGCAACUUCCUCUACGUGGGGGUGAUGACGGCCCAGAAGUACCUGGGCAGCCGGGCGGUGGCGGCGCAGCGGACGUGGGCGCCCUCGGUGCCGGGCCGCGUUGAGUUCUUCUCCAGCCAGGGCUCCGCCGCGCCCCCCGGGCUGCCCCGGCUGCCCGUCGUCGCCCUGCCCGGCGUGGACGACUCCUGCCCGCCGCAGAAGAAGUCUUUCAUGAUGAUCAAGUACAUGCACGACCGCUACCUGGACAAGUACGAAUGGUUCAUGCGGGCGGACGACGACGUCUACAUUAAAGGUGAAAAAUUGGAGGAGUUUCUUCACUCACUGAACAGUAGUAAACCUCUGUAUUUGGGACCGACUGGUCUGGGUAAUAUUGAAGAACUCGGAAAACUUGGGCUGGAGCCUGGAGAGAAUUUCUGCAUGGGAGGGCCGGGAAUGAUCUUCAGCCGGGAGGUUCUCAGGAGGAUGGUGCCACAUAUUGGUGAAUGCCUUGGAGAAAUGUACACCACUCAUGAGGACGUGGAGGUGGGCAGGUGUGUCCGAAGGUUUGGAGGAACUCAGUGUGUUUGGUCAUAUGAGCUGAAUCAGCACUCACGGCAAAGCUUUGCUGAGCACAAGCAUCAGAAGAACGAAGAGGUGGUCACGUUCAUCCAGGAAUGAAGGGGCAAGAGAGUGCCAAACUGCCUGUCUUGGCAGCAGCUUACCUUCAAAUUGGCUGGAAGCAACACUGAACUGCAGCCUAAAUCUAGUUCCUUGCUCCAUGAGGAAUUAUCAGCUAGAAGUGUUGUAUUUUGAGUGGAUGAUUUUCUUUCUACAGGAGAUCCAUCCUUGUUCUGAUAUGUUUUUUAAGUAUAUCUUAAUUUAUCCUCCAGUUUUGAUGAUGCUGUAAUGAUUAAGGUGUAAUAAACCUGAGAAAUUUGGCUAAAAUAUUUCUGCAAAAUGCCUUUUUGGUUUUGAGAGGUGUUAGCAACUUCUGCUUCCCCAAAUCAGUAAGAGUAGAGAUUAAAAAGGGCCUUUUGCUUUUGUGCUUUCCAAAUCCGUACUUCAAGUUAGCACCUUCUCUUCCACUAAUUUUAAAUCCUUGAAACAUUUUUCUUUAAAUGAAUGAAGAGAUUAGCUUGAUUUUAGUGACUCAUACUAAUUUUAUUCUUUGGAAGCACAAAUAUAGUUAAAAACCUGAGAUGCUGUGUUGUACCUCGCUUUGCUGUUUAGGAGGGACUUGCCUACAGAGGGCCAUUUGGAAAAAGGCUGAUUGCUUUAUUUGUCCCCCUGACGCUUUUUUUUUUUUUUUUUUUUUGGAAUGAUGUUUCUGGGUCUAGAAGACCAUUUUGUAAUUUGUAACCUAAGUUUAUAACAGAUCAAAUAGUGUUGUUUCACAAAAGGCCAAACUAAAAUGCAACACAUGAAUUAAGUGGCUAUAACAAUUCAAGCAGAUAUCAAACAUUGUCAGGGUAUAAAUACCGACUGUCAGAGAAGGUUUCUCUUCAGAAAAUGCAAAAUGACAAAUGCAGCAUAAAAAAGAUUUAAAGACCAUUCCUCAGUGUAUUUGGGACAUUUGUUCUAAUGUUAAGUUUGUAAAGCUUUUCUUUUUGUAGCCUUUUUUCCCUUUCUCUGGUGGAAAAUAUCAUAGAAUCAAAAUAUCUCAAAUCAGAAGGCACCUAUAAGGAUCAUCAAGUCCAACACCCACUACAUGCAUUUUAAACUUAAAAACUACAUUCAUGCAAAAAACUACAUUCAUGCAAAACACCCCAUAUACUUUUGAUCUUUUGGUAAUAUGUACGUUGAUAUUGAAAGAAAAUAGUGCACUUUGUACAUACCAGCAGUCCACAUUAACGUUUGUAUCUGUUUUCCCAUUGUGUUUUCCUUUUUGGGUUUGUCACAAGUCUGUGACAACCAUAGAAUACAGUCUCAUCACUAUAACAUU